AUGACUGUUUUCCGACCCGCCGUACUCUCUGCGUCUCUCGGUCGCGCCUGGGCCCAUGACUUUGAUAAGAAGGCCGCCGAGGCAGCAAAGUACGGCUUCGAAGGCAUCGAGAUCUUCUACGAGGACCUCGAAUACGUCGCCAAAAAGCUCUCUGGUGUCGAUCAGCCUACCCCUGACCACCUCCUUUCCGCCGCAUCGCAUAUCCAUAAUGUCCUCGAUGAACUAAAGAUAACAAUUAUUGGUCUACAGCCAUUCCUAUUCUACGAGGGUCUUUUGGACAGGGAUCAACAUGCCCGACUCAUCGAGAAGAUCAAGCUGUGGUUCAAGCUAGCCAAGACCUUGGGGACCAACACGAUCCAGAUCCCCGCAAACUUCCUCCCCGCCGACCAGCUUACUGGUGACAUGGAUGUCAUCGUUGCCGAUUUAGUCGAGCUCGCAGACCUGGGGCUCAAAGAAGACCCGCCAAUUCGAUUUGCGUAUGAGAGUUUGUGCUGGAGCACGCAUGUUGACACGUGGGAGAAGUCCUGGGAGGUUGCCACGCGUGUCGACCGUCCCAACUUCGGCCUCUGCCUCGACACCUUCAACAUCGCCGGCCGCGUCUGGGGUGAUCCGGCAUCUCCCUCCGGGAAGACCCCCAACGCAGAUGCAGACUUGAAGGCAUCGAUGGAGAGAUUGGUGCAGAGCGUCGACUUGGAAAAGGUGUUUUACAUCCAGGUUGUUGAUGCCGAGCGUAUGGAACAGCCUCUUGUAGAAGGCCACCCUUUCCACGUAGAUGGACAUCCCUCGCGGAUGAUGUGGUCUCGAAAUGCGAGAACGUACAUGUAUGAGACGGAUCGUGGGGCUUACUUGCCAGUUGAGGAGGUUGCUCGGACGCUGAUUGAGGGACUUGGCUAUAAGGGGUGGGUAUCGAUGGAAUUAUUCUCGAGAACGAUGGCGGAAGAGCAUAAAGAGGUGCCUGAAGAGCAUGCGCGGAGAGGCAUUAAGGCCUGGAAGAAGCUCGUACAGCGGCUACGUCUGAAUUGA